UCCUGUAUAACACAGAGCAGAGGACUUCCCCAUAAUAAUUCCUAGAGCAGAUCUGUUAAAGUUAUACCUUAUUUUCAGUCUGAAACAAGAAAUGAAAUACAUGCAGACAACAAUCUUGAAGAACUCCAGUUGCUAUGCAGUUGAUUCGUUUUCUGUUAGGAACACCCUAUUAAGCAGCUGUAAUUUGAAGAUAAAACUCAGCUUUCCAGCCAAAACACCGUCUGGGGAGCUAAGAGCACCGUAUAUAGCCAAAAUAUUCUGCUUUCAAAGUUGGAAGAUCAGAGAGACUCGAGAACCAUGAAAAUCACGCUGUCCCUUCCUGUGCUGGUAGUACUGGCUCUCUCAGUUUGCUGCUACUCUUAUGAGCCAAGUACUUUACCUGAUACAACAGACAAACAGUUUAUUGAGGAGUGUGUGACGGGUCAUAACCAUUUUCGGUCCCGAGUGAAUCCAGCAGCCAGCAACAUGCUUCACAUGAGCUGGGACCCAGAUUUGGCAAAGACAGCCAGAGCAUGGGCAAAGAAGUGUCAGUUUAAACAUAAUAUCUAUCUCAAGAUACGCGGGAAGGCCCACCCUACCUUUACUUCUGUUGGAGAAAACAUCUGGACUGGCUCUCUUCCCAUGUUUUCUGUGACUGCAGCCCUCACUAAUUGGUACGAUGAGUUCAAACACUAUGCCUAUGACACUAACACUUGCACCAAGGUGUGUGGCCAUUACACUCAGAUUGUUUGGGCAACAAGUUACAAAGUUGGCUGCGCUGUUCACUUUUGCCCUACUGUAACAGGGUUUGGGGGAUCUAAUGCAGCACAUUUUAUUUGCAACUAUGGGCCAGCUGGGAAUUAUCCAACACAGCCUUAUAACGCAGGAGCAGCAUGCAGCAAAUGCAACGGUGAGAAGUGUGUGGAUAAGCUAUGUGAAAAUCCAGAGCGUGAGAAAGUCAUAAGUAACUCUGGGUGGUAUCCAGACUGGGAUAAAGCCAUGUGUGACCAAUACUGUAUCACUAUUCUAGUUUUAAGGCCAUCAUUAAUUGUAUUGACUUUUGGAGCUGUCUGGUUUCUACAGAAGCAUUAUCCCCAAUUAUCUAUAAGUGACUAAUAUGCAUUUGAAAGAUUGCAGGAAUACUUCAGGCUAUUCUACUCCUAUUCCACAUGUAGAUUUCCCCUAUUCCACGUGCAGAUUUAUUAGUGCAGGGAAAUCUAACACAAUGAUCUGUAGAAUGAGGCCUAGUCUAUUAAUGAUGAGUGCAUUUAUCUAUUUUCAAAUCACAUGCAAAAAAAGCCACCCACAACCCUUAAUCCAAGGUAAUUAUCUGAAUAUAGGUGAAGGCUCACUGUAAUUUGCUUGGUUAAGGGCCAGAGUUAAGGGCAUGCAUUCACCCUUCUCUUUUAUGUGCUCUGAUAUUUGAGGACCUAACUGCAUAAGCUUGAUGACAUAUUAACAUGUAGCUAAUUGCUGCUGUUCUUACCCAAAGGAGUAGUCCAAUAGAAGUCAAUUGGACUACUCAUGUGAGUAAAUGAAGCAAGAUUUGGCCUGUAACCUUUUGCAUUUGACACUGUAGGUGUUUAGUUUUUAUUUAAAUGUUUGAGGGGAUGAUGAGAAGAGUCACAAAUUCCUUAGCUAGCAGGCACCCUCAGUCCAGCCACAGGCCAUCUGGUGCCAAUCCUCAUCUUCCUGCUCCUCAGUCAUAUGUGCAUUUCCUGACAGGCACCAGUUAGCAACAGGCGACUAGUGUUUGUUAAUACUGCGCGCUGAGCACCGGAUAUACCUGCGCAUUUAUUGAAAUGCGCAUUCCCUCCCACAGCAUGCGAAGUGUAAACAUUUGUAACUGUAAAGCUACUGAUUAGAUUUUCUUCACUUAGAUCUUUUGAUUAGAUUGUGAGCUCUUUGAGACAGGGACUGGGUGGAAAGCACCUAGCAUGGUGUGGGUACUACCAUAUUAUACCAGAAUAUAAAGAACAAUAGGCUCAUGCAUUUUAGAGUUUAAUGAAGUCUAAAAGCAAGUCAAAUAGAAGAAAAUACUUCAAACGUUCAUUAAAAGUUACCGAUUUCAUUAGAGCUAUAUACUCAUAUCCUCUCUUGAAAUGAGAGACAAAAUUAGCUAAGAAUGAUUAUAUGCAACCAGUUAUAAGUCAGGAAUGAACACUGGGUGGGCAUAUGCAUCAGUUUAAAUUGUUUACAGAAACAUAAUUAGGCAUUUCUUGAUUUUCCAGUAUAUCACCUUUCUAUCCCAAACCCCCAACCAUAAAAGAAACAUAAUGAAUUUUAAAAUACAUAACUCUUCCCCAAGCAGAGUUCUUACUCUGAAACAGAAGCGACAGAGAUUCCAUGAAGUUCACUGGGGACUUAGUUAUUGCUAGCGAUUUUAUUUGGCAGGUGCUCACAUACUGUAGUGAUGGGUGGCAAUAUAAAACCCGAAGAUCGAUAGGGCUUUUUCUUUAUUUUUUCUUUUUACUUGAACCAUAAUUUUGCAUUUCUUGGCUCUCUCUCACUCUCUCUCAUAUAUGCACUAUAUACUAUUUUUUUAAAAUCUCACUUAUCAAAGUUUCUCUGGGGAAAGCAACAUUCUGAAUAAAAUGCAGUCAUAUCUAAAGCCAAAUUUCAGCACAGGUGACAUGAUCCUUGGCUGAAAAAGGAACACCAUCAGCUUAACAAAAAAAACCCUGCACAACUCUGUCAAAGUUCCUCCUUCUCCCCCCCAAUCCUACUGUUGUUGCAUUCAUUAAAAAAAAAAAUCUGAAUAGUUGUAUCUGUCAGCAUUUUAUGCCUAGUUAGUUUCAUUGUUCCCCUGUAUAGGUAAAUAAAGACCAAUUCCGUAUACAUAUAUGUGAAUAACUUUACUUCAGGCCAAUGGAGUAGUCCCAUCAAAUUCAGUGCACAAAUGACCCACCUGAGUUACAAUUUGAAAUUAAUGGGGCUACUCUCACAUAUAAAGUUGUUCAUAUACAUAAGUAUUUGGAGUAUUUGGGCUUUAGUUAGUUUCUACUGUUGUCUAAUGGGUCUUUCAAACACUUACAAGGAAAAAAGAAAGUAUGUUUAACAACUGGAAAAGUACAGUUGUAAAACUACAGAAGCAAGUAGGGAUGCCAAGGGACAGGUGCUGUACUCCAGGCUACUUUUUGAACUCAUAUUUUAAUUUACUAGAUUUCAUGUUGACAGGGUCCCUUGAAUAUGUUCUUGGCAAUUUAUUCUUUUUACUCUCAUUUCUAUUAUUACAAGAUAGAAGGUUUUUGGGUUUUUUUUUUGUAUUUGAUUGACUAGUUUCAGUGUUGCAUCUGUCAUACAGUAAACUAAGAUUGAGAAGAGAACUAUCCCAGUAGCUUCAAAUAUUUCCAACUAUAAAUGGAGACAAGCCCAAAUGGUUGAGAAAGUGGCUUCUCUACAUAUAUGUGAAAUCUGUAAGGUUAGUGACAGGAUUAGGAAAGAAAGAUUAAAUUAAAAGCAUCUUAUUACCAACAUCUAAAUAAGUACAUUGUAAGACUUGUGGGAAUAAAAGUUUCAAGUCACUGAACAGUUGCAGCCACAUGACUCAUUAGAGAAAAAUCAAACAGAAAUGUUACCUCAGACUCUAAUCUCUGAGAGCACAAAUUGCAGGUGUAUGACAAAAACAUACAACGGUUCAAGCAUUACACAGUGCUAUUUUAUAACCCCAGUCAGGCAAGACAAUCAGAUACCAGAAUAUCAAUACCAGAGUAUUUUGAGGUCUAACUAACAAACAUUUACAGAAGCCACUGAAAACAAAUGGACAUACUUACCCCUUUUUCAGGAUCUUAAACAACUAUGCCCCAUAGUCUGUGAUGGGGUGGGAUCUGAGUUACUACAGAUAAUUCUUUCCUGGGUGCUGGCUCUUGAGUCUUGCCUACCUGCUCAGGGUUUAACUGAUCGCUAUAUUUGGGGUCGGGAAGGAAUUUUCCUCCAGGGCAGAUUGGCAGAGGCUCUAGAGGUUUUUCACCUUCCUCUGCAGUGUGGGGCACAGGUCACCUGCUGGAGGAUUCUCUGCACCUUGAGGUCUUUAAACCAUGAUUUGAGGACUUCAAUAACUCAGGCAUAGGUUAGGGGUUUGUUACAGGAGUGGGUGGGUGAGAUUCUGUGGCCUGCAUUGUGCACAAGGUCAGACUAGAUGAUCAUAAUGGUCCCUUCUGACCUUAAAGUCUAUGAGUCUAUAAAAAAACGCUGAUUUCUAAGUGAAGUUAAUCAAAAAGUAAUAGUUUUAGAUUAGCAACAUUUGAAGAGACCUUUAUAAAUUAGCAAUGUCCUUUCCCCAAAGGAAAGAACUGUCUGUUAAUUGCUGACUCUAAUUGCUCAGAACACAUUACUUAAUAAUUAAUUCCAGCUGGUCCAAUCCUGCAUUUAGCUAGCCUGAAUCUCCACAGCCUUGCAACCUAUGUUAUUCCUGGGGGAAUUCUGCACCAAAAAAAUUAAAAAUCCUGCACACAAUAUUUUAAAAUUCCGCAAAAUUCUGCAUAUUUUAUUUGUCAAAAUAACACAAUAUAAUCAUGCCAGUUUCAAUUAUUUUGGUAAUUUAUUUCAAAAUACAUGUCAGCAAGUAUGUCUAUAACAAUACAGACAACAAAAAAGAUUCAGGAAGUGUUUUUUGACAAAUAGAUUCCUUACUAGGCAUAUUAAUACAGAAUUCUGAAUAAUAAUUCAUUUAAACUACAAUACAGAAAUGUAUUUCCUGCACCCCUCUGAAGCAGUGCAAAGGCUUGGGGGAGUCAGGGGUAACGGAGAAGCUGAGGGAGAGGAAAGUAAUUGCUAGGAAGGAGCCUGGGUGUAAACUUGAAGGGUGUUGGGUGUGGGUGGGAAAAGUAUGGAACAGGGUUCUUUUGGGGGGAAGGGGGAAUUGUUAGGGAGCUUUCCCCAUACAGACCCUGGCUGACCCCUAGCCUAUCCCAUUCAGUCAGGCACAGCUGCCCCUGUCCCCAUGUGUCCCUGCACUCCCCCCACACAGAUACCCACUCUCCCAAUCGCAUGUGUCCCUGCACCUCCUCAGCCAGCCCCUCCCCUCAUCUCCAUGUACCCCUGCACCCCGACCCAAUGUGUCUCUGUACCCCUACUCAGCCAUCUCCCUCCCCCUCUACACAUGUGACCUUGCACCUCCUUCCCACCCUUUUGGCCCUGCACCUCCACUCCCAUUGAGCCCCUGUCCCAGUCUGUCCUCCCGCACUGGUCCUUAUGAGCCCCUGUCUGACCGCCCAGCAGCCCCACAAUGUCUGUUUCCCCUAACCCCUGCCUCCUGAUCUGGCCCAACAGGCACGGUGAAGAAGGCAGGCUCUUUCUCUUUCCUAUCGUAGCUGGGGCUGUCCAGGUGCAGCUGCUUUGUUCUAGCGCCACACACCCUCUGGUUUGUUCGCUGUGGCACAGAAUUGCCCCAGGAGUAAUACUACGUAUUCCUUUGCAACUGUGCAAAGUAGUACUAUUCAGCUUUGGGUAUUCGCGUACUGUCUUUACUCUAGGAGAGUGAACAUCACUGUGCCAAAGUUUGGAUAGACCUUAUACACUCUCACACUCCAUAGAGUAGGCCAUCCAAGACUUGAUGAACACACUUAAAUAAAUAUUUUAAGAGAAAAACAAGACAUGUUUUUUAACGCAAUCAAUUUGAUAUAAGCCAAACGUUAACAAGGAUACAACAAUAAUAAAGCAGUAUGCAACACACAUGUGGUUCUUACCAUUAUUAAAUAACUUGUCCGUAUCAGUGGUGCCCAUUAAACCUACAUUGACUGUCA